AUGUCUGAAAAUCUGAAAAUAUCUAAGAAAAUUGCAUUGAGGAUGUCUGAGAAGGAUAAGGGUAAUUUAUCAUCCAAUCACACUGGUCCUGAGUUAAGUGCAAUGGAGAAGACAAUGGAAUCUGAGAAAGCUGAAGCUUACCAAGACUCAGUUAGUGUGAGGAGAAGGAAAUUGACCGGUCGUGCUUUCAAGUCUCUACUUAAAAGAAAACUCAAUGAUGACAAUGUGCGAGAUGUGAAUGUUUUAGAAAAUUCACGGGCAUGUUCAGUUGCUAGAGAAUUAUCCGACAUUUCUGAAAGGGCACAAUCAAAUUGCACUGUUGUAACAUUGCAGGGUCUACUCAACAUUCUUCUCAGUGUGAAAAUUGCAUUCUUCUUGGCACCUGUGCUAUAUGCUCUAAAGAAAAAAGGCUAUAAUUCACGAGAAAAGGAGCUUUGCACUUGCUAUGAUACAGCCCAUAAAGACCUGUACUGCUCCUCCAAUUGUAAGGAUGGCGUUGAUCAAGGAGCUGUCGUUACCUUAAAGUCUGCUGAAAGGUGUCAAUGUGGUAAUCCGUUGAAAAAGAUACAUUCUGAUCUUCAAAAGAAAGAUUAUGGAACUGUGUGUGCCAUGUGCAGCAAUGACGGCGAGCUCCUGUGUUGUGAGGGAAAAGAUUGCAAGAGACGCUAUCAUCUCAGUUGUGUAGGUGUUUGGCUGCCUGAUGAUUUGCCAGGUGUGAGGCACUGUCCCAAGUGUAUCAUUAAGAAGCUUGAACACGGUGUCUACUCUGUUUCGGAAGGAAUUGAGUCUAUUUGGGGUGUUAGAGAAGUGGAGAUGUCGAAUACUAAAGAAACCAGACAGAGGCAGUAUCUUGUCAAGUACCAAGGCCUUGCUCACAUUUACAACCAUUGGGUGCCAGAGGAACAACUGUUGCUCGAAAACCAAUCCCUUCUUUCCACUUUUAUUACAGAAGAUAAGAUAACGUGUUGGAGUUUGGAUUGGACAGUGCCACAUCGCUUAUUAUGGAAAAGACCCAUUUCGAGUAAGAUGCAUGCACCAUCUUCUGCAGAUAUUCCAGAAAGUUAUGAGUGGCUUGUGAAAUGGCAUGGCCUUGAUUAUGACCAUGCUACUUGGGAGCUAGAUUCAUCGUACUUUUUAAAUUGUUCUUUGGGUCAGUGCCUCAUGAAAGAAUAUGAAAAUCGCCUUGGGAAGGCAAAGAGUGAAAUUGAUCAGUCUCAGAAGGGAUCUUUCGUCGAACUACUGGAGCUUCCAGAUAAUCGGUUGAGUGUGAAUGAUAAUUUUGUAUUGGAAAAUGUGAACAAAGUGCGCGAGAGCUGGUACAAAUGUCGGAACACUGUUGUUUUCGAUGAUAAGGAUCGAGUAAAGACUCUGGUUUUCUUUAUUAAAUCCUUGCUUGAAAGCUGUCAUCCUUUCCUCAUAGUUGCGACCUCUGACUCAUCAUCUCAAUGGGAGACUGAGUUUGCACGACUUGCACCAUCUGUCAGUGUUGUUGUUUAUAAUGGAAAUAUAGACACAAGGAAGGGGAUUAGAGCAUCUGAAUUUUAUGAAGAAGGAGGCCGUGUAAUGCUCCAAGUACUAGUGUGUUCCCCAGAAGCUGUUGUCGAGGAUUUAGAAAUGUUGAGUUGCAUAAGAUGGCACUCUAUUAUAAUUGAUGAGUACGGGCACUCUAGGAUAUCAACUGAUCUUGAACAAAUUAAGAUUCUCACUACAGACAUUUGGAUACUUCUGCUUAGCAGUCAAAUAGUGGAUACAACAUCCGAGUAUCUACAUAUUUUGUCACUGAUUGAUUCUGAACACGAAUAUAAUAAGCUGAGGGGCUUGAGAUCUCGCAAUAAUAAGAAUCUUGCUAAAUUGAAAGAGAGGCUAUCUCGUUUCAUUGCAUAUGGAAAUACUUCAAAAUUAUCCAAGUUCCUUGAGUAUUGGGUUCCUGUUCAUUUAUCAAGCCAUCAGGUUGAGCAGUAUUGCUCUACACUUGUUUCUAACUCUAUGCUUCUUCGUGCUUCUUCAAGAAAUGACAAAGUUGGAGCCUUCAAGGAUAUUCUUCUUACAGUUAAAAAGUGUUGUGAUCACCCUUAUCUUGUUAGCUCAUCUAUACAAGAACAGAUGAUUGCCGAGGGACAUUCUGCAGAUAAGAUUCUGGAUGUAGGGAUAAAAGCAAGUGGUAAACUACAGCUUCUUGAUAUGAUGCUUGCACAGGUCAAGGCUCUAGAGUUAAAAGCACUUGUACUCUUUCAGUCAGUUGGAUUGGGAAAGUCUUCAACUGGAUAUAUAUUGAACGAUUUUCUGGCCGAAAAAUUCUGUCAAACCUCGUAUGAGUGCAUUUUUGCUGGUGUUUCUCCGCGCUCAAAGAAAGCUGCGGUGGAUCGGUUCAACAAGAAAGAAAACGGGAAGUUCAUUUUAUUACUAGAAAACCGUGCUUGUUGUUCAACUAUUAAACUUGCAUCCUUGGAUUUGGUUGUCUUAUAUAACAGCGACUGGAAUCCUGCGAAUGAUUAUAAAGCACUGCAGAAGAUAUCCAUUGACUUAGACGUCAGCCAGAUCAAAGUUUUUCGGUUGUACUCAUCCUGUACGGUUGAAGAAAGAGCUCUAGUUUUAGCAAAGAAAAAUCUGAAAGAUCUUGACAUUGAUCUGCAAACCGUAAGCCGUACUAAUGGUGACUCUCUGCUCAUGUGGGGUGCUUCAUAUCUGUUCAGGAAAUUAGAUGAUUAUCAUGCUGAAAGGACUUCUAGUUCGAAUGAUAUAUCCGGUCCGUCUCUUUUGAACGAGAUUGCUGAGGAGUUCCAGUCCAUACUUUCUGGUUGCGGUGAAAUAAGUCAAAGGACUCCUGUAAUAUCAAAAGUAAAGUUGGAUGUUUCAAGUUAUAGUGCAAAUGGCUCGCUUCUUGGUGAGGCGAAAGUUGAGCUAAAAGAUGAAGAGCCUCAUGUUUUUUGGACAACUCUUUUUUGUAAAAUUACACCUCAGCAGAAGCAUAUACUAGGUCAUUGCCAGAGGAGUCGAAAGAGAGCUCAUCACUUGGAGAAUGAUAAUACAGGAAAUAAACGUAGAAAUGAAUAUACAGGAAAUAAACGUAGAAAUGAAUCAGUUGCAGAUGUAUGUCGAGCCUCGACUCCAGUUAUAACACAUGAACGGCAGGUUAUUCAAGUUGGAGGUCCAGAGGGAGAUAGUCGAGAUGACAUGGCUGGUCGAAGCCCUUUAAGUCCUUUGGCUGACAGAUGUGGAGCUGAAGAAAGAAAUUCGCUAUCUGAUGAGCAGAAGAGCAUCCAUGGUCUUUUAUUAGAAGAAACGAAAAAACUAUGUCAAAUUCUUAAACUCCCGGGGGAUGUAACUCAUACUUUAAGACGAUUUCUAGAGUAUAUAAUCUCGAAUGACCACAUCUGGGGAGACUCGCCAGAAAUUAUGCAGGCUUUCCAAGUAUCCCUGUUAUGGGUUGUCGCAUCAAUCGCAAAACAAGAAGUAAAUAUGACCGAUUCCAUAAAUCUAGCAAAAACGUUGUUAAAUUACCAGUGCACAGAAGAACAAGUAUACUCGGUUUAUACAAAGAUGCUUCACCUCAAGUGGAUGUACCUUCAGUGUAUGAACUUAAACGAUGGCCACUUGUUAGCUGGAGAGGGACCCAAUGACGGGAAAUUCAGCAUCAGUAAAGGGAUCUCAUCCUCUUUACCCAUCGGGUCGCAAGAUGUGAAAACGGAGAUUCAAGAGUUUUCUACUCACGAAGAACAUUGUGAAGGUCAAUUCCUUUCACAACAAAAACUAAUGGAUGUUAUCAAUGAAAUACACAGAAGAUGCAACAAGCGGAUGAAAAAGCUUGUUCAGAAGCAAAAGCAGGAGGCUGAAGAGCUCCUCCGCAAUCGGGAGGUGAAGAGAUUAAAAUUGGAGACUGAUCACCAGUUGGCAUUGGCGCUCAUUAAUUCUAUGUGCGCUGAUGGUUCGGAAAGAAAGGUCAAGCUCAAGGCAUUGGACCGUAAAUAUGCAAAGGAAAUGGAAGAAAAUAAGCUUGUUGAAGAUAUGCAGUUAAAAGAUCUUGAGGCAAGGCACUUAUCUGCCCAGGUUCAGGAGAGAGAGAAGGCAGCUCACUGGAUAUCGAGUGUGAAAAUCAACUGCUCUGGUAAAUUAGGCAUGUUCAGUACUCUUAGGACACCAGCUGAAGAAGGAGAAGCUAAUGCUAAUCAACCAAAGCUUAUUGGGAAAGCUAUUUGCGCGGACCUUCUUACCUCUGAACAAAAACUUUUAGAUGAAACUGCGCCAGCUGAGCUAAAUAAACAGGUUCAAUCAAAGGUGCUAGAAGAUCAAAGCCACAGAAGUUUGUUUGCGGAAUUGCAAGACCAAGUUCCACGGACAGUUGAAGAUAUAAAUACUUCACAAUUUGAAGUUGGCCCAGUCGAAAAUAUAAAUUCAGCACAAGCCAUCGAGAACUCUGUGCAGCCAACCAAUGUGUCAACUAAUGUAGUGUCCAGCACAAGGCAGUCAACGGCUGUUGAAAUAGAAAAACAAAGUUUUGUUUCUGAAAGAAACAUCUCCCAAAAUUAUGAGGGUGCAAAUACUAACAUGAUGCUACAAGACCAAAAUACAAAUUCAAAAUUGCAAGACCAAUAUGCACCCACGCCAGCUGUAGAAGAUCACAAACCUUUGCCAGCUGAAGGUAUAUACCUCGAUGCAAGAACCAUUGAGAACCAAAUGCAGCUAAAUCAUGUGUCACCAGCCGGAAAUCAGUCAACCACCAUUGGGGCCGAAAGUCAAAGCUAUGUCUCUGAAGAAAACUCUUCUCGAAUUACCAAGGGUGCAGAGACCGAAAUACUUCCACACGAGUGUUCUCGUACUGGCCAGAAUUUGGAAAAGAACUUCCAACAAGCAAUUUCGGAGUUGGAAACUGCUCGUGAAAAGGAGAUGCAAGAAGUUACUGGUCAAGUGCACAAAACUGCCUACAGCUUUAAGCCCUGUUCGCGAGUAUCCCCAGUCGUCUCGACUCCCUGGUAUUUAACCAGAAGUUGCAUUGACUACCACAGCCACAUUCACCAGUGGGACUUGACCUUGUGCCCAUGGAUAACAACCCUCAACCUUUUAGACCGACUGCCAAUCAUCAUGUGA